ACCCACGGUUCUAUAGGAUCCUCUUUUAUAUGACCCGAACAAUAGUAUACUUUAUCCUUACAAUACAAAGAAAUAUUAAUGGGGCCUCCGGCUAGGUUGACCAGCCCCAUAUAUAUGUGCUUAAAUAAUAAAUUUUAUUUUCAGUCAACACCAAAUCAACCAUCAGUUGUUACUAAAUCAGCAUCUACUGUAGCUUCUAAUGAUUAUACCAUUCCUGCAAUAGAAAAAUCUCUUUUAGAAAUGGAUCUUGAAGCUUUCCUUGGUUCAACUUCAGCAUCAACAAAUGUUCUCGUAGCACCAGUAAAAAAUAAUAUUUUUACUGAUUUACAUGGAUUAGAAUCUUUGAAUUCAACAUCAUCAAAUGUUGUUUAUACAAGACAAUAUGAUUGUUUAAAUCGUAUUACUGGUCAAGGUUUACAAAUUCAAUAUCGUUUUCCACGUACACCAUUUCGACAAUCACCAACUAUGGUACAUGUUGAAUUAAUAUUUACAAAUACAACAACAAAUAAAGAUAUUCAUUCGAUAAAAUAUUUUAAAUCGAAAUCAAAUAUGAAUAUUCAAGGAUUUGAUCAAAUUGAUACAUUACCAAGUGGUAUAUCAAUAGUAACAUCAAUUGGUAUUGAUUUUAAUGAUAAAACUCAAUCAGCAUUAUUUGAUAUAUUAUAUGAUGAUAAUUUAAUACCAACAUCAUUAACAAUAUUAUGUCAUGUUGGAGAACUUAUUGAACAAAAAUUUUUAAAUGAUCAACAAUUUAAUCAAAAUUUAGUUCGUCUUCGUGGUAUGAAUGAAAUAAUAGAUAAUGUAAAUGUUAAUGAAGUACAAAUAUCGAAAUUAAAUUUUAAUACAAUUCAAGCUAAAGUUCUUCAAUGUGCAAAUAUGGUUUCAGUACCAUCAAGUUCAGGAGAUUGUUUCGGUAAGAAAACAUUUUUUUUUCCUAAUCUAUUGACACUUCGAAGUAUUGUGUGUUGACUGAACAUAUUUCAAAAGUUUAUGUAUAAUUAUCAAAGUCGAAAAAUUGACACAUAAUUUCGCUGUUUUUGAAAAAUAGUUAAAAAACUACUUUCGUGUCUCAACCAUAAUACUUCCUAUCCAGAGUUUGUGUGUAUGUACUCCUCUGUUAUUUUAAAUAGCUUUUGAUAAGAACGUUGUAGAGACUUGUAGUUUUUACUACUCACUAAAUUUUCUAACAACGAUUUUCUACAAUUAUUUCUCUUGGGUUUUUAAAUUUUUUAUUAUAAUUAUUUAAUAGAAAAAAAAAAAAAGUCUUCUCUCAGCAAAGCGAUUUUCGCAAGAUCAUAAAAGAGCUUGGCGCAAGACUAAUGCAUUAUGCUAGGUCGAAGAGUAAUUUUUAGUUUGAAAGUGAAUUGACAUUAUUUUCCGAAAUUCUAAAAACAUCCGGUUUAUAUAAUGUGAAGUUCAAAAGAAAUAUUACCUUUUAACUCAGCAUGAUGAACUAGGUUUGUUCGGAUCUGUUUUAUGAUCUUUCUAAGAACAUACAGUGGCUCCAAAAAUUAUUCAUACAGAUGUAAUAUCGACUUUUUUCCGGAAUGGUAAGUCACAUCAAGAAUCCAAAUAGUGAUUUGGAUAGAGAAAAUUGUUUCCAACAAAGAUCCCAGAAAGAUGAUAUUCUUAUAUUAUUCCCUAAAACCAGGAUCUCUAGAAAACUAAAAGCCUAUUUUUUCAGCACCCAGACCCCAAAAAUAAUAGUUUAUUCUUAUUGCAUAAGAUGAUAGAGCAACGAAUUCUCUACAAAAUGAGACGUCUCCGAGGUCUCCCCGACAAUUUUUUCCUGAACUGCACACGU